AUGGCGCCUGACGGCAAGGUCGAUGCUCUCAAGAAUACCAUUGAAGAGACCACGGUGAAUGCCAACGCUGGGAUUGGCAUUGGUGAUGGCCUGGGCCUGGAAUUAGGGAGAAAUGUCUUGGUAGAGAGAACUUCGAGUGUUGUCCUCACUGGCUACAAAUCCCUGAAAGGAAGUGCCGUAGGCCUACCAAACGUCGUGAACUGGACCAUUAUGGAAGACCCGAUUAUCAAAGCAGGUGUUCCGCCGUAUCUGCAAACAGCCAUUUUACUUUUACGAAGGACAGAUGAGGUUUUCAAGGCCAACGUCAAUGUCAAAGCUGACGUUUCCGGGUUCUCAUUCCGAAAUUUACAAGAUGGUUUGCUCGAGAGUGAAGAUGACCCUGUGAUCUUUGAUCCUGGUGCAUAUCCUCUGAUACCUAACGAGCUAGUUGGCCUGGACUUGCAUGACCUCGGAUCGAUUGAUCUCUUCCAGCUUUACAAAGUGCGGAACGUUAUCGACAACGAUGACAUUCCGCACCGUGGAACUAUUGGUCAGACUGUCAGGGACCUUUUCCAAAAGGAUAAAGCAGCGGAUGACAAAAGCGAAUCAUGGUUUAUUGAUCUCUGGGACAACAAUACCGCUGGUGAUGCACGAAACGUAUUGCCCAAGUCAUUGGAUCGAGGCGAGUUGGCAAAGUACUUUUCCUGGAUAUCGGAGACACCUAAUAAUGAUGCCCCAGCACCAAUCGCACAAGCGGAUCGAGAGGGGCAACAGGCCCAGCAACAGCCGAGACAUACUCAUUUCUGCAACUUGAUUGCAAGGCAGUCAAGUGAGAAUGAACUCACAACCUUCAACAAGUUGGAAAGCCUCCUCAACGAGCCUCCUGUCGUGCUGCUAUCUGAAUUUUUCGACCUCCCAGACGACUUCGAAAUCUCUCGACGCCAUGACCGUGGAGGUUGUCAAGUGUUCAAUAGUAAAGACGGCAACAAAGCUUUCAAUCGUGAGCAAGCUUCUUAA